AUGGCGCCAGGACCCGAACCCGACAUAACAGCUGUUCAUAGUCGACACCUCGCCAAGUUUGCUCCCGUACUGCGAAAGAUAGAGGCGAAACCGGGCCAGAACUCUUUGCCUGUGAGGACUGAAAAGAGUAACUUCUUCAGCAAUACAACGCGCUCGCUAGCUGUGGCAUUCGACUGGCCAAACACACUCAAGAAUCGCGUCCCAAUACCGGGAGCGGACUGGACAUACGAACAGAUUCCGGAGUUGCCGCGUCUUGCGUCGGAGGACGAGGAGAAUGCCAGGCGCGAUUACCUGGAAAAGCUCAAAACGAAAGUACGCAAGCACUACACGAAGCUGAGAAAGGAAGGUGGCGCGGGGGGCGGCAAGCUCUCUAACGCAACCGUUCAAGCGUAUAUCGAUCGUGUCGUGAGCGCCAUGCAGCCACCCCCGAAGCCCCCGCGCUCUCUGGACUUCUAUCAGAGCCACUAUCAAGAUCGCUGGCUCUCCGACUUCAAAGACGAAUGGGCGGCGCGCGUGUCAAAGGCCGCCGGAGACGCAGAGUUGGAAGAGUUGGAGAAGUCGCGGGCGGGCGAACAGCGCCGUUAUGCCGCCAAGCGCUGGAACGCUGAAAGGGCUGACUUCCGCGACUCCGUGCGGGCGAAGUGUGAAGCUCAUUCGCAUGAAGCGACGGAGAAGUACAGACUCCUGUGGGGCGCGCCUGCAGAUGAGGCGCGUGGCUCUCGAGCAUGGGCUCAGCCGGAGAUGGGCGCCUUCUUCAACAUGUUACUGAAUUGGGCGGCCAGACGAUACGGUCUCGCCAUGGCGCUAUUCGUCUCUGGAAAAGCGGACGACGGAAAAACUGAUACAGCUAAGGUCUUUGCGACGUGUGGCGCUUCACCCGGGAGUCAAGACCUCGAAGGCUUCUUGGGCCACAUCGUUACGGACAUCAUGCAGCUCAUGACGACUUACGCCCGCGAGCACCUCGUCGGCGCGCCCAUUGAAGCACCUGCGACGGACGACACCGACGCCGAGGAUACGGACAACCCUGUUGCCGAAGAAGAGGAAGACUUGUUGUCAUUAUUGGAUAAGGUACGUUUGCGCCGCUUUUUAUACAAGUCGUGCCACAUCAUCCCAACAACGCCCCUCCGACAACAGGCACAGUACACUUUGCCCAACAAAGAACGCGGGCGAUCUCUCAUCCGGACGUCGCUGAACUGGCCCGAGGCAUCUCACUCGGUGUCCCACCACCCUCCGGACGAGCGGAAGGCAUCUAGCGCGCGUGCGACGACGCGACCGGCUCCAACAACCUCGCCUUCUGCAUCUCUUCGUUCUGCACGCCACUCUCCUGGUCCAUCCCAAACGCGCCGUUCAGCCAUCCCCCGUCGCUCGCCGUCGCUCCCAUCUCGAUACGGUGAUCGCACGGCUAUCCCACAGCGCCAAUCGCCUUCUUCGGCACGCCGGUCGAGAUCCAUCACACGCCAUGCCGCGCAUACAGGGACAGCUUCUCCUCAUUCAGCGGCGAAUCGAGGUCGCUCUCCCCCGCGUUCGAAGUCUCGUCGCCCUCCGCAUACGCCUCGCGUGCGCUCCCGUUCCACCAGCCGUCAUUCGGCAUACGGCAUCCACCCACCGCGAUCGCCGUCUCUGCCAGCUACUCGGCAAUCACGGUCACGGGCGCGCCGAACCCCCUCUCUUCCCCCUACGAGUCGCGAUCCCAGUUCCAUAUUCCCGGCGCACGGUCGUUCCAGCAACCACAUGAGCGGACGUUCGAUUGCGCAUGUUCAGCGUUCACCGUCCUUGAUGCGGGCUCGCGCGAGCUAUGCCGUCUAUAAGCCUGCGUUCCCCGAUUCCCCGACCCCGCGUGGAUUCGACGACCCAGACCUCGACUUAAGCCCUGGCGCCGACGGGCCUGGGAACUUUGGAGGCGGCGAGCCAUGGCGAGUGCCUGCUCCGGGUGUAGACGGAGACGUGGAGAGGGGAAGGUCGCCAGCACAAAGCAACACGAGCAAGCUCGCUCGGUCUAUGAGCCGCUCGUUGCCGCCGGAAGGCGCCAGCGACGACGAGAUCAUGAGUGCUUAUUCUAUGCAUUCGAACUUGUGGUCGAACCGCGAACAGAAGACCAAGAGGGUGAAGAAGAAGGCUAAGACGCGAGCGCGAAGCUCGGACGGUGACGAUGCCGGAGAUGGCGCGAAAGAACGACCAAAAGCGCGCCCGAAGAAGAAACGCGGGAGGUCCAAGGGCAACGAUACAGGUCCCGGAAACGGGCAGGAUUCUAAAGGCGGCAAGGUACUGGGUAGGCGGAAGGAGCGCUCUAGCGGAGCGGAGCGUAAUGACUCGGUGGAGAGAGUGGUCCCGAUCGAACGACAGCCAGCGAAGAAGAAGAGGCGCGCCGUUAUUUCCGAUGAUGAGGAUGAGCCAGAAGAGGCAGGUUGGGUUCUUCCGCUGGAUGAGCUGGGCGCGCCGAGCGAAGACAUCGUUGCCGGUGCGCACAGUACGCAAUCCAAGGAGAAACGGCCGACGGACGGUGAUGGGAACAUCGGUGAGGGCACGGGCGAGAGAGCGGGAGGUGUUCCGGUAAGGAGCGGGCGCGUGGCGGAGGGACAGAGCGGCGAGAACGUUUCAAGACGGGUCCUGCCAUCGGCAGGGAAGACCGGUCCUACGAAAGCGAGCGGGUUAGGAGCGACGAACGCCUGGAAACGGUACGAGUCGAAACGCACCUUCAUCAAUGAGCUUGCGGAUAAGUUGCACGGCGAAGAAAAACGUGCGUAUACCGAGCUGGUCAGCGCGACGGAAGAUAUCAUUAGGCUGGACGACAUUUGGGUCAGUAUAUGCACGCCGUCUUUGCCUAUGGCCGGCCGUCCAGACGCUUGUGGGACGAUGACGCGUGGCCGCGGGGCAAAACUGAAGGCGGACCAGAUAACCGCGAAUUGGGGCACCCAUAUGGAGAAGUGGUGGAUGGGUAUGCAACCGUCGCAACGCCGGGUCGCUGUUGGCGCGUUGAGCGACCUUCGCCCGCCUGGUCGCGAGAUGGAGUGGGAUGCGUUGGCUGCGACGAGAGGCUAUAAAGGGCCGUUCUUGCUGCUGUGGUGCAUGGCGCAUUGGAUUCUGUCGGAACAGGGGCGGGAUAACUUCGUGGUGCUGGCGAAGGACAUGGCGGCGACGUUCAAGGUGCUCCUGGCCGUCCGUCAAGAGGAAGGUGAGAGCGGGAAGCAAGGACCGUCGGCACAAGCGCCACAGUCUUCGGCAGCAUCUGAGAAGCCCAAGGACGCUUCGGGUGGGAGAGGCGCGCGUACGAAAUGGGCGACGGAGAAGGGAUCAUACAGUAGUAAGAAGUAG